AUGGAAAAAGCAAGGUUGAUUAGACCUACAGCAAGACUUACCUGGAAUACUGAUCCAGAAUUUUCUCUAAAAUUUCAGCCAAAAUAUGGGGAUUACGACAAUCCUCGGCGUUUUGAACUAGGUCACGGACAUCUGGCUACAGCAUUUUUACACCCACAUCAACAAGGAUUCUACCUUACCAAUUCAGUACCACAACUAGAUCAAGUUAAUGGUGGGCAUUGGCGAGUUAUUGAAGAAUAUAUUAGUUGUUUAACAAGACGGAUAGAAGAAACAUAUAUUUAUACAGGCCCAUUAUUUUUGCCGAAUGAGAAAACUAAUUUAAUGGAAUUUCAAGUAAUAAAACUUGAAUUAAUACAAUUUGUGUACCAUAAAUUUUCAUAA